UGGAUGAGCGGGGAUUUUCUCUUCGUACGAUUGGUAGAACCGUUUGUUAUUUUUUUCUUGAGCGUUUGAAAGUUAACGGUCGUAUUCAAAGCAUUCAAAAGUCGUUUGCGAUUCAGACGAUACACUAAUUCAUUUUACACGCAGUUUUUUUUUUGUGACUCUUGUUUUUCUUCGAUUUACGAUGGCGCAGUUCAGAUACGUAAGCGAAAUCAGCAGUCUUGUGAACGUUGAUGGACCUUUGACGAAGGGCCCGGUACCCCGAUGGCAGAGACUGAAGGGUCUGGAGAACACCUCCAGUUCCUCAUCUCUGAACGUCUCGAAAAAAAGCAGAACUCCGUCGAAGAAGAGCGCCGCCGACAAGAAGAAAACCCCGUCGAAGACGCCCAGAGGGAAAUCACCGGGUCGCAUCAAUACACCGGGGAAGACGCCGUGCGGCGGAGGUGGAGACAGGUUCAUUCCAUCCAGGAGCGCCACAAAUUUUGAUCUCGGACAUUUCAAGUUGUGCCAUCCGGAGAGCCUCAGCGACAGUCCCACCAAGAAGGAGAUGGAGAGAUUGAUGUGUGAGAACCUUCAUGGCAUGGACAUCAACAAGCAGAGGAUAUUGGCGUAUCAGAAGAAGGCUCCAACAGCUCCAGAUGGUUUUCAAAAUCCUAUGAGGGUGCUUUACACACAGAGCAAAACACCUGCUUCGGUGAAGAAUGUGCAGAGGUACAUUCCACAGGCCCCCGAUCGUAUCCUAGAUGCUCCAGACAUUAUUGAUGAUUAUUACCUGAACUUGAUUGAUUGGAGUGGAAACAAUGUUCUGGCUGCUGCUUUGGGCUCUCAUUUAUAUCUCUGGGAUGCUGGUACUGGAAAGAUUGAGCAAUUGAUGGAGCUGGAAGGCAACGAUUACAUCUGCUCGGUAUCAUGGAUACAGGAAGGCGACUUCUUAGCUGUAGGUACGAUGUCCGGCACUACCGAGCUAUGGGAUUGCGCGAAAUCGAAGCGUCUUCGUGUGAUGGACGGACAUUCGGCUCGCGUUGGAUCUUUGGCGUGGAACAACUACGUGCUGACGAGCGGUUGCAGGAGCGGUCAGAUCCUCCAUCACGACGUGAGGCAGCGCGAGCAUAUAGUGGCCACCAUACCCGGACACACGCAGGAGGUGUGCGGCCUGAAGUGGUCGACGGAUGGUAGAUACCUGGCCAGCGGCGGCAACGACAACGUGCUGAACAUCUGGCAGGGCGUGAGCGGGGCGCACCACACGGGCACGACCCCGUUGCACGUGUUCACCGCACAUCAGGCUGCGGUGAAGGCGUUGGCCUGGUGCCCGUGGCAGCAGCACGUCCUUGCCAGCGGCGGCGGCACCGCCGAUCGUCACAUCCGCUUCUGGAACUGCAACACCGGCGUGUGCGUCAACUCCGUCGACACCAAGUCGCAGGUGUGCGCUCUGCUCUGGUCCACCAACUACAAGGAGAUCGUCUCCGGUCACGGCUUCGCCAACAACCAGCUGAUCAUCUGGAAGUACCCGGGCAUGACGAAGGUUACAGAGUUGACCGGACACACGGCUAGGGUGCUGCAUCUCGCUAUGUCUCCGGACGGAUCCACCGUGCUCUCAGCUGGUGCCGACGAGACGCUGCGUCUUUGGAAAUGCUUCGUGAAGACUGCCGCCAAAGAGAAGGAACCGACACACGUCAGAUCCAAACCGAGCGUCUUCAAGCAAUGCAUCCGUUAACCGUUUAGGUAUUUAACUAAUUCUAAUAACCCGACUGUUGAUUAUUUUAUCUCUAAUUCUAUAUAUAUUUUCUUAAUUUAUAUUAUUAUAUUUCUUACUUAUUUGUCAAGUAUUGCCUCUACCAACCCAUAUGUAUA